CCCACUUCACCUUGACCACAUGACAGGAUAGAAACUUUUACAAGAGUGUAUAUAAGUGUCUUACUCUUCAAACGUACUCGGCAAACACAACUGAAUUUCUUCACGUUGACAGUUCAGAUAUGAAGAUGCUUCAAGUGUUUGUUUUGAUUUCUUUAUGUGUUGCAGUACAGCCGUCCAGUCAAACAGACGACAACUCUUUUCUCAUCUACAAUGAGGAUCAGAACAGAUGUGUGAAUGUCAUUAAUGCUGAUGUUGUAUAUAUGGCACCGUGUGAUGUAUCUUCUGAUGCUCAGCGUUUCCGAUGGGUUUCUUCUUCAAGAAUUAUCAGCGUCUCUCUUAAACUCUGUUUGGGAGCUCAAAGCGUUAAAGACUUUGAGAAAGUGAUCCUUCUGCCCUGUAAAGAGCUCAGUCCUCUACAGACCUGGGAAUGUAAGAGUGACACCUUGUUUGGCUUAAAGGAAAAACUGUUAUAUCUGAACUACGGCCAUCGAGGGGACCAAAAUAUGAUGCUGUAUAUGGCAAGUGGAUCUUGGAGUCACUGGCAGAUUUAUGGGGAAAAAUACGAUCUGUGUUUUCAUGAAUAUCAAGAGAUUUAUACUCUGGGUGGGAAUGCAUUUGGAAAGCCAUGUCAGUUUCCCUUUAAGUUUAAUGACAAGUGGUACGCUGAGUGCAUCACGGAGGGAAGAUCAGAUGGCAAACUGUGGUGUUCAACUGAGACAGAUUAUGAUACAGAGAUGAAGUGGGGCUUCUGUCCAACCAAAAGUAAAGAUCAGCCUAACUUCUGUCCAGUGGCGUGGGUGCCGUACGCCGGUCACUGUUAUUAUCUGCAGCGCACUAAGAAGACGUGGAGUGAUGCUUUGGCCGCGUGUCACAGAGAAGGAUCAGAUCUUGCCAGCAUACACAACAUUGAAGAACACAGUUUCAUCAUAUCAAAGACUGGAUACAUGUCGACUGAUGAGCUCUGGAUUGGUCUUAAUGAUCAAAGGAUUCAGAAUCUGUUUGAGUGGUCAGAUAGAUCACACGUCACCUUCACUAAACGGUUUGUUGGAGAACCUUCACACAUCACAAAUCGAAUGGAGGAUUGUGUUCUCAUCGAAGGAAAGGAGGGAAAGUGGUCAGAUCAUCUGUGUGAGUCAGCUCAUGGUUACAUCUGUAAGAAGAAAGCUUCCACUAAACCUGAAGGAUCUCCAGAGGUCAUCAGUCCUGGAUGUCCAGCUGGUUGGUUUAGGUUUGGCUAUUACUGUUAUAAUGUUGCCAUGGAAACAAAAACAUUCGAUGAUGCCAAACUGACGUGUGAGCAGGCCGCAGCUAACCUGGUUGAUGUUGGCAGCAGAAAUGAGAGCGCAUUUCUCAUCAGUUUGGUUGGUCUUCGACCUGAGAAAUAUUUCUGGAUUGGUUUGUCUAAUACUCAUCAGACUGAGCAAUUCCAGUGGAUCAAUGGUGCUAAAGUCAAGUUUACACACUUUAAUGUAGGCAUGCCAGAUAAGCACAAAGGUUGUGUAGCAAUGUUAACAGGAACUUCAGCAGGAUUAUGGGAUGUACUGGCCUGCAACACUAAACAGAAAUACAUCUGUAAGAAAAUGGCAGAAGGAGUCACUACAACCCGAGAGCCUCCGACCACACGACCUCCCAGCUGCCCGGAUAAUUGGAUUAAAAAAGACCCAGACAAUUGUGUUAAGAUCUACAGAAAUAAGAAGGAGAAGAAGAAGACUUGGUUUGAAGCGCGUGACUUCUGUCGAGCUAUUGGUGGUGAUUUAGCGAGCUUUCAUUCAAAAAAUGAAAUUAAUUUGUUACCCACACUGUAUUCAAGCACAGAAGAUGCGUGGAUCGGCUUAAAUUCAUUGGACAGUAAAUCUGGUUUUGUGUGGUCAGAUCAAACUCCUUUGGAUUAUGAGAACUGGCGCACCUAUCGACCAAACUACAAAAAUAAUCAUGAAUACUGUGUAGACAGUGGACCCUUUUGGUAUGGAUACAUUUGGGAAGAUCGUGAUUGUGAUGUUUAUAAUGACUGGAUCUGUCAGAUUCCUAUAGGCAUAACUCCAAAAUCCCCUCCGACAUCAGUCAUUCAAGAAUAUAACAAGACGUCUGAUGGCUGGAUUCAGUACAAUGGCAGUCAGUAUUUUAUUAAUCUUGAUCUGCACCCUAUGGAAGACGCUCGUGCCUUCUGUAAGAAGAAUCACGCUGAUCUUGUUGUCAUUACUGGUCAGGCUGAGAGACGUUUUUUAUUUAAACAGAUAUCUAGAGGAUCAGAAAAUCAGUACUACAUCGGGUUGACUUUAGAUUUGGACAGAUCAUUACGUUCGGUGGACGGUUCACCUGUUGUUUACACUGCAUGGCAUCAAAAUGAACCAAAUUUUGCCAACAAUGAUGAGUACUGUGUGACCAUGUACAAGGACAUGGGAUUCUGGAAUGAUGCUAAUUGUGGUUAUUCGUUUCCCUCGAUCUGUAAAAGAAGUGCUGAUUUUGUCAACACCACCAUGUCUCCAACCACUGUACCAACGGGCGGCUGUGCUCCUCAAUGGACUCUGUUCAGAGGAAAAUGUUACAGGUUGUUUUAUCAUAAGAUGUGGUGGCAUAGAGCACGAGAUCACUGCAUUUCUCAGGGAGGCAAUCUGGUGUCCAUUCAGAGUUCCACAGAGCAAUCAUUUCUCACGACUAUGAUGCAGAGUUCGCCUCAUGAAGUUUGGAUCGGUUUAAAUGACAUCACCUGGGAGAUGCAAUUUGUGUGGACUGAUGGUAAAGGUGUCAAAUACAAUAACUGGCUCGAAGAUCAACCCGUAGAAUCGCCAGAGAUACGCCUAUAUAAAAGAGACAUUUCUCCUGAGGAUCUCCCUUUCGUCAGGAUCAGGACCAGGCUUGUGAAUCAGGUCGAUGACUGUGCUGUAAUGGUAAAACGUCCAGAGAAUUUCACUGGUAUGUGGAAAGUUGAAGACUGUGAAACUAACAGAGGAUUCAUCUGCAAGAGGAACGCAGACCCUCAGCUGUCCCCUCCCGUGACCACAGCAGUACCACAGAAAUACUUCAGUCUGGGCAAUGAUUUAUAUAAGGUCCAGCUGGAGAAGAUGAGCUGGGAUGAAGCGAGAAGACAGUGUAAAGCUGAUGAUGCUGAUCUUGCGAGUGUACUGAACUCCAUCAGUCAGGCGUACACCAGCCUACAAGUCGACAAUCUCAAAGAACCUUUGUGGAUCGGACUCAACAGUAACCUGACAGAUGGACGCUAUCGCUGGGUGGAUAACUGGCUUCUAAGCUACAGUAAAUGGGCUACAGGAGAACCCAAAAACAAUUUAACUUGUGUUUAUAUUGACACGGAUGGAGACUGGAAAACUGCAGCGUGUAACAACACAUAUUAUUCCAUCUGUAAACGAUCAACAGUUAGACCACCACCAUAGAAGCCAUCAGUCUCAGAUCCUCAGAUAGAUGAGACGUCUCAUGGAUCGACUGGCAUCGCUGUAGGGUCGUGUUGGUCACUACACAAGAUAUUUUAAAACAUCCACAUAAGAUACACUGGCAAUAUAGACCACACAAAAUGCACACUUAACAUAAACAAUACGCUUUUCUCUAUAUAUAAAUUCAGUACCCAUUUAUCUAGAGGGCAUGCAAGAUUUAAAGCAGUUGUAUGUCAAUCACAUGAUUGACAGCUUGAACAGAUAACCAUACAAAGACAUAAUAAAAAUAUAUUCAAUCUUU